ACAAAAAACCUUCAAACUGAAGCGCCGUCUUUAUCGAUUGGCUGCUGUGUUGACCUUAUGCCCCAAGUGAAAGUCAUUCUUGCCAGUAAAUACGAAGAACACAUAACUGUGGGUUUACACUGGGUUCAGUCUGUCAUCAAGAAGUGGUGGCCAGAACUUUCUAAGAAUGAGAAAAGACUGCGGGACAGUUGUUUGGAGCACAGGAAUGUUGAAGCCAUGAGGCAGCGGCUGAAAGACUUGUGGAAGGACAAAACCCGGCUCUGUCUGAUUCCAGGAUCUAUGGGAGAACUUGCAAAGGCUAUCGAGGCUUAUCUGGCACAGCUACCCUGACGGUCUUUAAGCUUUCUGGGGAUGUGACCACUGCUGCCAGAUUAUGGCGUGCUUAGAACUGAUAAGGACACCAGAGAGCUGGACUGGUUCUUUCUGCCUCAAAAAAAGAAAAAAGAAAAUUCUAACCUUGUGCCGGGACUGAAGUUGACACUUCAGGCAGGUCCUUGGUUUGAGCUGGAGACGAGACUGGAGCAAAAACACAGCAAAUGACUGCUUCACAUUGAAGUGGACUCUUGUGAUGGAAGAAACAGCAGACCUUCUGGAAUGUGCCAAACUCUCACACAUACACUGCAUCACUCGUUGCCAUAGAAUGCAAAUCUACUUGUGGGUGUCCUGAAUGCAUCACCAGUUUUUCCUCCUGGAUUCUUCUGAAUUGGGAACUAGAAUCUGCAGAAGUCUUAAGUUAUUAGAGCUCGUCAUUUUCACAUUGCCUCUUCAUGUGGCAUUUGCCUGUGUAAUGUAAAAAUGAUUCUUUUAAUCUCUUUUAAAUAAAUUUUCCAAAAA